AUGACGACGUUGUGCAUCUCCUUCAUCGCCAACAAACCGAGGAUACGCACAUCGCCACGAAGCCUCAAAGCCGCCAACAUGUCGACGCUGGCUACCUUCAAGGUGCCCAAGGUGGUCAACGAGCCCAAUCAACACUAUGCCAACGGCUCUGCACAAAGAGCCGGCCUGACAGCUGCCAUUGAGACACUGCAGAAGGAAGGCGCCCUCGAGGUGCCUCUUGUCAUUGGCGGGAAAGAGAUCAAAACACCAUCAGGUGCAAAGCAGGUGAACCCGGCCGACCACAAGACGGUAGUUGCCGAGUACUCGCUGGCAACGCCCCAGCAUGUCACCACUGCCAUCGAGGCGGCCCUUGUGGCAAAGUCAGAAUGGGAGUCGCUGCCCUUCGCCGACCGGGCGGCCGUCUUCCUCAAGGCGGCGGAUCUGGUCAGUUCAAAGUACCGCUACGACCUGAUGGCCGCCACCAUGCUGGGCCAAGGCAAGAACGCCUGGCAGGCCGAGAUUGAUGCUGCUGCCGAGCUCUGCGACUUUCUGCGCUUCAACGUGCAGUUUGCCGAGGAACUGUACGCCCAACAGCCCUCCCACAACUCCCCUGGCGUAUGGAACCGCGUCGAGUACCGUCCGCUCGAGGGGUUCGUCUACGCUGUCAGCCCCUUCAACUUCACUGCCAUUGGCGGCAACCUACCCGCCGUGGCCGCGCUUAUGGGCAACGUCGUCGUCUGGAAGCCUAGCGACUUCGCCAUUUCUAGCAACUGGUUGCUGUAUAACAUCCUGAUCGAGGCCGGCCUGCCCCGGAAUGUCAUACAGUUUGUGCCGGGUAGCCCGGAGGAGGUGACCAAGGCCGUCUUGUCGCACAGGCAGUUUGCCGCUCUCCAUUAUACCGGUAGCACCGCUGUAUUCCGCAAGCUGUAUGGCCAGAUCGGAGCCGGCGUCGCCGAGGGCCGGUACCAGUCGUACCCUCGGAUCGUGGGCGAGACAGGCGGCAAGAACUUCCACCUGAUCCAUUCCUCGGCCGACGUUGAAAACGCCGUUGCGCACACGGUCCGCGGUGCCUUUGAAUACCAGGGCCAGAAGUGUAGCGCCACCUCGCGGGCAUAUGUUCCGGCAUCCAUCUGGCCACAGUUCAAGUCUCGCUUGAUCCAAGAGACGGAGAAGCUCAAAGUCGGCGACCCCUGUGACCACGGCAACUUUAUAGGGCCCGUCAUCCACACCGCCUCAUUCGAGAAGCUAUCUGGGGUGAUCGACGAGGCCAAGUCGGACAAGAAUCUCGAGCUCCUCACUGGAGGCACCUAUGACGACACUCGGGGCUUCUUCGUUCACCCAACUAUCUACCAGGCGCAGACUCCCGACCACAAACUCUUGUCGGCCGAGCUAUUUGGUCCGAUUCUGACAGUCUAUGUGUACGACGACAAGAAGGACCCGGUUGGCGCCUUUUCGUCCGUCUGCGAGCUCAUCGAUGCCACCUCAGACUAUGCUCUGACGGGAUCCAUAUUCGCCUCCGACCGCGCCGCGGUGCGAUUUGCAGAGGAGAAGCUCCGCAACUCGUCGGGUAACUUCUACAUCAACUGCAAAAGCACCGGCGCCGUGGUGGGACAGCAGCCGUUCGGCGGAAGCCGGGCGAGCGGCACCAACGACAAGAGCGGCAGCAUCAACAUCCUGGGCCGGUUCGUCAGCAUGCGGAGCAUCAAGGAGGAGUUCAACGCCACGGCCCAAGUGUCGUAUCCUAGCAACGAGAUUUGACCACAUCCGUGAACAUAAUUGCUUGGCUGUCCAUUAUGCUAAACAAAAGGGCGGAAGACGUGUUGAACAGGGCCGAGACAUUGCCGCCAGUCGCUAGUCACUGGAACCGAUGGCACGCGAAUGUGUAAGAUUCAGAAGGUGUCUCUUUCGAGGUACUAGACGGAUACUUUCGAGCCUUUUCCCGCCCAUCUUGUUUUCUGUCCGGCCCAAUUCUGAAUGAGUUUGCAUUCUGAUUUUGAUGGAGCAUAGCAACGCCUGCUGGAGUUUCUCUUCAUAGCUAUUUUUUUCCCCGGGGGAGUGGAUAAUGACAAGAAAAUAUAAUGCUCUUUUUUUUGGGACUUUGGUCUUUUUUCUUUCUUAACAUCCCGUCGAGUCUAAACAACAGGUGUGGCA